GGACUUUGCUUUCUUCAUCACAGAUCUCUUGCAUAUAUAAAUCACUGAUCAGCAUGCUCAACUCACACAGAGAGACACACAGAGGAAAGAGACACCUAAGAGAAAUUCUGAGAUAUAGACAUGAAGAGAUUUACAGUUCUUGCUCUUGUUUUUAUUGGCUGCCAAGCCAAUUUGAUCUGGCAGGACCCGGCCAAAACGACUAUGGAAAUGGUCAAAGAUGCAUUCUGGGAUUAUGUGGCCAAAGCAACUCAAACAACUGAAGACAUUAUGCAGAAGAUCAAGGAGUCUGAAAUGGGACAAGAAAUUAAUGCUAAGAUCUCUGAGAGUGCAGAUGCCAUCAGCAAGUACGCAGUGGCCAUUCCAGACCAGGUAACUCCUCUGACACAGGAGCUGCUGGCUAAGAUGUCCCAGGAGGCCGGGCAGCUGAAGGUGCGUCUGCAGCAGGACAUAAGCUCUGUUAAGAGUCAGCUGGAGCCGUACGUUGAGGAGCUGACAUCGGAUAUCCAGCAGCAGGUGGAACAGUGGCAGAAGGAAGUGACUCCCUACACAGACGCUCUGCACUCUGAAGCUCUGAGGGCUGCUUUGCUCCAGAAGACCGAGGAGCUGAGGAUGAGUCUUGAGAAGAGCAUGAGUGAGCUUCAGGCCAAGAUGGAACCCCAAGCAGAGGAGCUGAAGCAGAAACUGGAGCAGCACCUGCAGGACUUCCAGAACAACAUGUCCCCAUUCUUCCAAAGCUUCCAAAGCCAGCUCAUCCAGAGCAGCCAGGAAAUGCAGCAGAAGUUGGACCCUUACACUCAAGACCUGAAGGCCCAACUCACUGCUCUCUGGGAGGCUUUUGAAAAGAUCAGCCAUUCAUCAGACAUCUGAUGACCCAGUGACUCUCAUUUUAGCAUCAAAAGGACACUGUAUCAUGUAUCAUCAUCAUGUUUACAUUCACUUUUGUUAGAUUGUCAGAUGCUUCUAUCUAAUGCAAGUGAGACAGAGUACAGUCCAAUCAUAGAGCACUUAUUAAUGUAUUGUUCUGAAUUUUUUCCAUAAAGAUUCUGUAUAAAUAAAUAGAUACCAUACUGAAAACA